AUGACAUCAAAUAGUGUCAAGUUCAUCAAUGCAUUAUCAAGAGACGCACGGAAACUACCGAUAACAUUGUUGAUUGAUUUCUUUCGAGCAACUAUGCAACAAUGGUGGUGCCAAUUUGGAGCUGAAAGCAAAAAAGAUGUCACUGAGUAUGCCGGGAAGGUCAUCGACAGGAGGAUCAACAAAUCCGCUGCUUUUCAGGUAUACCAGAUUUAUCAAAGCAAAUAUGAGGUGACUGACCAAAUGAAAAAUGGUAUAGUAAACUUGGAAAGCCGUUAUUGCACGUGUGUGAAAUGGAAAUUGUCAGGUAUACCUUGUACUCAUGCUAUGGCGGUAUUCAAGGAACUAAGAUAUCAACAUUGCAGUGCAUAG